GCUCCGAUUUCCCGCACUACAGUUUCAGGAUGCCAAAUAUAGGGUUCCAGAACCUUCCCCUCAAUAUCUACAUUGUGGUGUUUGGGACAGCCAUCUUUGUCUUCAUCCUCAGCCUACUCUUCUGUUGCUACUUAAUAAGACAGUGAGAAGCAGCAGUUCCCAACAAAAUUCACACCUCGCCACCUUCUCAUAUCCUAUCUUGCAGGGCAAACGAUCCCUCUCACUCUGCUGCGAGAGGUUAAGGUUACUUGUAAUGGAGGUAAAUCUUACAAACCUAUGAAUUUCUCCUAUCUCUCUUGCUCUUGUUUUCCUCCCUUUUAUUCUACAUGUUUUAUUGUCAUUCUCAGUACCUAGAUUCUCUUCUUAUCCAGUGCUCUUUCUGUUCCCUGUUUGUUCACUGAGUUGUUUGUUUUGGCUCAUUUACAAGAGCAAUGUUUAUUAAGAGUUAACCAAGAGUUUGAUAUAAACCUUAAACAUUGGUUCUAUCUGUGGAUGCUCUUCUUUUUACCUGGAGUUUUGCAAGACCUUUUAGAGCGCCUCAUCAACAUACAGUAAUGCUUUUAAUGUCUGAUCCAAUGUAUUUUAGGUGAUAUUGUGAGUUGAUAUUCUACUUUCAUUAACAAGAAACUAAGGCCUAAGCCUUUUCAGAAUGAUAUCUAUCAAUAUUUAACUACUAUUGUGUUACUAAGCAAAACAAAUAUUUGACAGAGUUUUGGAAGGUAUUUUUAUAUAUUCACUUCUUUCUGUAAUUGGUUAAUCCAAUUAAUAUUUGUUUAGUCAGCAGACUCAUGAUUGUUUCACAUGACAAAUGCAUAGGCAGAAUCAUCUCUGCACUGCUCUGCCUUUUUUUGUCUCUUUUUGAGAUAUAUCAUUUGUAAAAAUCUAGAGAGAGAUUAUUAUUAUAUUCUGUAUGGAUUGAGAAUUGCUUUUUAAUUCUAACACCCAUUUGGUACCACAACGAUCCACUAGAAUAGACUGGUGUCAGAAGGCAAGUAUUUAAUAAGGAUAUUACAUCCAUGUUUGUCAUUUUUCUCUCUUUUUCCAGGAUGUAUGAAUACUUUGUCUCUUUAUUUAACGUAGCCAGGUGGAGAUGGUCACCUACUAAUCAAAAAGAUGUUUUGUCUUUACGUCUCCCCAGGUUACGGCACCAGGCGCACAAAGAACUAUAUGCAUACAAACAAGUCAUUCAGAAGGAAAAAGUCAAAGAGCUAAAUUUGCAUGAGAUAUGUGCGGUGUGCUUGGAGGAGUUCAAACAGAAAGAUGAGCUGGGGAUUUGUCCGUGCAAACAUGCCUUUCAUAGAAAGUGCCUCAUCAAGUGGUUGGAGGUGAGGAAAGUGUGCCCGCUGUGCAACAUGCCCGUCCUGCAGCUCGCCCAGCAGGCUGGCAGCAUGGAUCCCCCUGUGCCAAUACAGCAGCCUCUGCCUGGGAUUGAGAACCUGGUGUAGCGGACUCAUAGCCUCGCUUACAGUACACUACAGAAACACACAGUCACACAUCCCAUCACUCAUACUCUCACCUGUACAGGUACACUUUGGUAUGAGUCUGUGGACAGACCGGAGAAACUGGAGUUACUGCGCAGAUACACACAAAAAAACUGUGAAUCUGCACGUCUCCUAUCCUUGCAUUAGUUCACAAAAGGAUUUCCUGAUAUCAGUUCUGACUGAUGAUCAACUGUUCUCAUGUUUUUCUUUUUGCGGACGAUGAAGAAGAGUUAAUGUAGAAGAAGUUUCCUUCUUGGCCAAGACAUGGUCGAUAACUUUUUCACAACCAAAGCACUUUUCUGGGUACACCAGCUAAAGACCAGGAGGAGAAAAAAAACACAAAAGCCAAGAACUACAAUACACUAAAAUAUAAUUUGUUUUUUUUUAACGAGCACUUUACAAGAAUUCAAACCUUAAUUGCUUGUGAUCGUAGUAGCAAGGUCAUGUUUUAUAUUUUAACAUUAACUAUUAUUUCUAUGUACAGUACCAGGCCACAUGUUUUUUUUUUUUUUAAUUAGUAAAUUUUGAUUUUUAGACAAAAGGAAAUAUCUCAAAGGGACAACAGCACCUAUGUUGGUAGAUGUCAGGAAACUUGGACAAUGCUUUGUGUUCUAAUUGCACACACACACACACACACACAUAAGAAAUUAAGCUCAAAGCAACCUCGAGACUCCAUGUCUAACUAAAUGUGAAAGGUUUGAAUGUGUUAAAACGCUGGAUUUUUCACACUAAGCCUAUAGAAUUUGUUCCCACGUUUGUCAUUCAUUACAAUAUGACUGUUGUUAUUAUCUUUUUUUAUAUACAAUUCAAUACAGGAAGCUGAUGAAGUGAACAAAUUAUAUAUUCAUUAAAGGAAUUUAUCGGGUAACAUCCUUUAUAUACACAAGUGCUGUUAGGCAUGCAUGGGUAUAUAUACUGUCACCCCCGGCAUUACUCCGUUUUUUCCUUUAUCAGAAAAAAUUCAGGGCCUCUCCAACAGAAAAUUUUAGUGUCAAAGUAACUACUGUGACUAUCUAAACCAGUAUUAGUGUGUAUAACCUGGUGCUUUAUCUAUAGAGCAGUUUUUUCAGAACAAACACCAGUAAUGAGGCAAUAUUAUACAAAAAUCUAUAAAAUGUUCCAGUUUUACUUUGCUCUGCUGCUGCUGCUGCUGCUGCUGCUGCUGCUGCUGCAUCAUUUCAUUUUGUUGAAGCUGAGCUGUGUGAAUGUUCCAGUGGCUUGCUUCACAAAACAAAACAGCAAAUGUUGAAGAGCCAUGUUGAUAUAUAUUACUGGUAUCACAUAUCCUGCUAGAAAUGGUUGAUUAUUCAAUGUGGGAAGAGACCAGGAUGAAGCAGGCUUUUGCCUUCUGUCCUGUUCAGCUCCUACUUAAAAUGUGCUGCAAACGCAGUUGCAGUUAGUUUUGCUUCUACCCCGAUAGAUAAUCUGUAUUUAUUUUUUUAUAUUUAUUAUAAUUCCUUGGUACAGCUGCAUAGAGUGAAUGAGUUAGCGGAUUUGACACCUGCAUCAGAAUUACUGCCCUCAGCAUAUCAUCAGCAUAUCUUUUGGUCAAGAUACACACUGCUUUGUAAAACACACAUGCACACACAGGGAGGGGGCUCGAACUGCCAGCGAGCCAGUUGUCAGCAGGUUGUAAUGAAGCAGCAUUUUCAUUCAUACACACACACACACACACACACAUACAUAUACAGGGUAGUUGUGCUUUUUGGCUGCAGUAUUCUGGUGCUUUCGCCUCUCUCCCUCUUUCUGUACGGUACAGGGUGCUUUUUGUUUUGUGCCACACAUACAGUAACUCUGAGCCCUGCUGGCUUUUGUGGACAUUUUUUUUGUCCUCACCCCUCUUUUAGCUGCAUUUGGUGAAUGUGUUGUUGUGUAAAUGUGCUGAUCUAAAAUGGUGGCAAAAAAGUUGCGCUUCAGAGUAAUAACCUUAAGAAAAGUUGGAGAUUGCCUUUUACAUGUGAUAUGAAUUGUCAAAUGACAAUUCAUAUUCUUCAGAUAUCUAUUGUUAAAGGCACAAUCCAUGAUCCCAGUGUCAACAAAGGAGUUGUACCACUGUUAAAAAAAACAA